UUUUAUAAAACAUAUUAAGUGGAUUAUAAGCUGUUGUAAUCUUUUUUAACUAAGUCAGAUGGUGAAUGACGAACGCGCUUAGCUCGUUAUUUAUCAUGGGUUUUAUAGUAGUUUGCCGUAAUAUUUAUUACGGACAGUUGCCUAAUUGCAACUGGAGCCUGAUACCUAACAACACACGGGGACCCUUGAAGUUGACGUAUUUUUCCACUACAGACCUUAUGGGGGUUUAUAGCUUGCUUACCAAUCUAGCAAUAUUGGGAAUGCUGGUGAUGCCCUAGCUCACAUGUAAUGUCGACAUAUCCUUGGAAUCCUUUUUCACCUCUUACGCCUUCGCUAUGACAACGAUGAUAACGCUUCUUUGUUGCGUGUACACG